AUGAGUCCCGGGAAGAAGCCCUGGCAGCCUGACGGCGCCGCCUGCUGCACCAGCUUCAUUCUCCCUCCCUCUCCGUAUAUCAUGGGUGUCCCGACACUCUCAGCCCGCAUGGAUGCGCGGGUACAGUACGCUAUGCUCGUACUGUACACUGAUACAGUGUCCGUGACCGUGUACGUGCGACUGGCUCGGUCUGAAGAAGUAGCGAAUGCGAGAGAUGGAGAGAGGGAGAGAGACGUGUGCGCGCACGGACGGAGGGGGCGGGAUGAGGGCAUCAGGGCGAAGUUGCUGCUUGGUGCUUCUUCUCUUGCAGCUGUCAGGAUGGGCAUGGGUGUGUGGAUUGUUGCCGUUUCUGCUGCGGGUGCCUCUAGUUUCUUCUUUCCAUCAUCCGUCGUAUACCGAUCGUGUUUCCGACAAGGGAAUGGCGUAAACAACACUGCCCGCAUCCGGUCCGUUGUUGUGACUCCCUCUGGCAUGGGAUCGAAUGUUGCCGCCCUCGGGAAGGCCCCGGAGUCCAGUGCCCUUCAGGAGAGACUGGAGGUCCUCUACUGCGGCGACAAGCAAUUCCGCGCCCACAAGGUCAUCCUCGCUGCCUGCUGCACCUUUUUCGAGAAGGUCGUGAAUGACCUGGACCCACGGGCUUCGGCUGCACUCAUCGUCACCGACGCUGCCCCGGACCUUCUCGAACUCGUCCUGGACUUUGUCUACAAUGGCGAAGUGUUUCUGGACGCGACGCAACUGGAUCCGUUUAUGGCACUGGCUGCCAAGCUCGAGGUUCGCGGCCUGAAGAUGAUGGAGAAAGUUGGGGAUUUGUUCGUGAAGCAGGAUGCGACACCUGGUGCGACUUCUGCAACGACGACGACGACGAGCACGGCUACUGCCACGGCAGCGGCGACACCCGGCGGGAAUAAUAGGAAGCGCGUCGUGGCGGUGGAUAGUAACGCGAAUGAGAGGAAUAAUAAGAAGCCCAAGGCGGAUUGCAAUGGGAAGACUGCUGGAUUCGAUGCCAGCAAUGGCAGGUUGGUGUCGUCGUCGGCAAGUGUGAAAGACGGUGCCAAUGUGAAUGCCAAGGCCAUUUUCAAACGGUUGGUGUCGUCGUCGGCAAGUGUGAAAGACGGUGCCAAUGUGAAUGCCAAGGCCAUUUUCAAACGGUUUUUGCCCGGAGUGACGAUAGAACCCUCUGCAACUUCGUUGAGGAGUGAUUUGAUCGUUGCGAAAAGAGUUCCAGGACACAAAAUGAUCCCUGCUAUGGAAGACACACGAACGAGUUCCGUGGGUUCUGACGACAUUGAAGGGGAUAUUGUCGAACUGGACCAAGAACUUCCCUUGGUCAAGGCUGAAUAUGCUGAAGAGGAGGACGAAGAGGAUUAUGUGGAAGACGAGGAUUUUCUACCCGGGGAUAUGAUGAAGGACGAGACUCUCAGCGAUUUUCAUGACGGAGGUGAGGACCAAGAGCAACCGUCAAAUAUUCCGCCGGAAAUUUGCAUCGCGACGAAGGAGUCCAUCGCGAUUCUCGUCGUUAUUCGGGGCGUCCUCGAGCGUGAAGUUGAAUUAAUCAAGAAAAGGGGUUGGCAAGUGCUUCUUUGCGUGCCGAGGAUUUUCCUCGACAUCGCGGGUUGA